AUGCAGGGAGGGUCAUUGUUGCUACAGAAGCAGGGGCAGGGACAAGGAGAGGGCAAACGGGACGGGUCGAAAGGGGAGGGCGAGCAGGGGGACGAGUCGAGGCAGGGAGGGCAGGAUCAGGAGCAAUUGGGCGGGAGAGGCGAGCAGCGAGAGGGUGAUGGGGCAGCGUUUGACAUGAGCGAGUUCCCCACGCUCAACACGAGGCCGCCUGGGAGUGCAGCCAUGGCGUCAGGUGCAGGGUCGGCAGCAGCGGCGGUGCUAAGGAAAGGGGCUCCAUUGAACGCGCUGCUACACCAGGGAGGGCCGGAAUUCAGCAUACAGAACGAGGAUUUCCCUGCCCUGCCCGGCCUCAAAGCGGGCGCAGACAACGGAGGGGACAAGGACAGUUCCGCACAGCAACAGCAGCAGCAGCAGGGCGCAGGAGGGUCGAUCAGAAGCCACUUGGACAUGCUUCAGCAGCAGCAGCAGCAGCUGCAGCACCUCAGCUUGCAUGACAACCCCCACCUCCACCAGUACCACCAGCACCACCACCAGCAGGGGCAGCAGCAGCAGGGGGGGCAUUUGAAGCACCUAGAUCAGCGCAUGCUCUCGUCCCCUCCGCCCCUGAAUGCACCGGGGGCUCCCAGGCAGGGAGGGGGUAAGGCUGGAGAGCAGCUAGGCUCGGCACCUGGUUCUCGAUCCAAUACACCUGGUCUCACGGGCCCCCAGCAGCAGGCUCAACCAGGAAGCGGGCAGGUGGGAGCAGGAAAGGAGCAGGGUGUAGACGGGCCGGAUAAGUACGGGCUGCUGGGGCUGCUUAGUGUGAUUCGGAUGAACGAUCCAGAUUUGACCACGGUGGCGCUGGGGACCGAUCUGACGACUCUCGGGCUGAAUCUGAACUCGCGGGAGAAUCUGUACCGCACGUUUGCAUCGCCGUGGGCGGAUGGGCCGACGAGAGCUGAGCCGGAGUUCAGCCUCCCGGCUUGCUACAUUCAACCCACGCCUCGUCUUCAGCAUCAAGCCGUGCAUCCUCAUUCCUCUCCUAUUCCCCUCCUCUCCCACCGUCCUGCACCGUCCCCUUUCGCCCUGUGUUUUCCCACGCCCUCUCCUUCUCUCUCGCUCGUCGCUCGACUGCAGCCGGGCUAUUUCUCGAAGUUCCAGCAGGACACGCUCUUCUAUAUAUUCUACAGCAUGCCGCAUGACGAGGCGCAGCUGUUCUCUGCUGAUGAACUGUGCAACCGCGGGUGGUUCUACCACAAGGAGCACCAAGUGUGGUUCACACGCGUGCCCAACAGUGAGCCCGUGGUGAAGACCCCCACGUACGAGCGCGGCUCCUACUACUUCUUUGACCCCACCGUCUGGGAGACCGGGCGCAAGGACAACUUUGUGCUUCAGUAUGAGAUGCUUGAGGCCCUUGGCUCUUCUCAUAACACACUGACAUGCCAACCUUCCCCGCUCUCUUCUGCUCUCCUCCUCCCCCCCUCCCGCCCCACCACCCCGCAACACUCUCAGGACAACUUCGUGCUACACUCCUCUCGUCCGCGUGCCUCCUCCGGAGAAGCCAUGGCGGCUUCCGCGGAGCUUGCCGCGUAUGCGUUUCACGCGGCGUCGCCGCGUCUCCGUUACAGCGGAACUGGCGCGGCGGACAACUCUAGUUUCUCCGCGUCUUCUGCGUUCGCCAUAGUCCCGUUAUCCAGCCGCGUCGCUUCCCUCCGCAUCGUUUCCCGCGCGCCAUUGCGCCGAUCCGCUCUUAGCCCGCCCACCUUUGUCGCGCACGCUGCUUCCCGCCAACAGCCGGAAGAGCAUGUGGAGGAGAUAGCGCGCGGAGAUAUAGAGGUUAGGGGGGAGAAGGUGCGGUUAGCGGAGAGAAACGGCGGAAUGAGAGUAAAAAAUAGGAGCGCAAGCUUAAAGAACGGCGGAGAAUCGAACAGAGAGGGAAAUGAGCGACGGUUGGAGCGUGAGAAUCGGUCGGAGGAGCGCGAGAGGCGGUCCGAACAGCAGGGGAAGGUUCGUAAGGGAAUGGCAGUUACGAGGCGUCAGGUUCUCGCAACUGCCGCUGCGGCUGCUGCUGCAGGGGGGAUUGCUGAACGCGCAGCAGCAGCAGGGCUUGUGAUACCAGGAGCGAGGAGUUGGAGGGGAGGAAACGGAUUAGGGUUUGUGGAGGGGGAAGAGAGCGGGGGAGUGGAGGGGAAGGGGCGCGGGGGAGCGGGGACGAGUGUGGGAUCCGCGCUCGAUAGCUUAUCGGAGCGGGUGUGCACGUUCAUGCUUGCGAACGGCAUGCGUUGGAUUGUAGUGGAGCGGCGGGCGGCGCCGAUUGUCUCGUGCCACACGUACGCGGACGUGGGGGCGGCAGACGAGGCGGAUGGGUGCACGGGCGUGGCGCAUCUAUUGGAACAUCUGGCGUUUAAAGGCACCCCCGUUAUAGGAACGAGAGAUGCUCAAAAGGAGGCUCGGCUACUGGAGCUUGUAGACGAGGCGUUCUACGGGCUGAAGGAGGCGAGAGAGGGAGGGGCAGCAGAGGGCACGGUCAAGCGCCUGGAGGACGAAUUUGCUCGCCUGCAGCAGCAGGCCGCGGAACUGUCUGUGCCAAACGCGUUUGGCGCCCUGGUGUCGCGGGAAGGGGGCGUGGGGCUCAACGCGACCACCAGCCAGGACUCCACACAGUACUUUGUCUCCCUGCCAGCCAACAAGCUCGAGCUCUGGAUGGCCCUUGAGAGCGGCCGGUUCCUGGCGCCUGUGUUCCGAGAGCUGUACAGUGAGAAGGAGGUGGUGAGGGAGGAGAGGCGACUGCGCAUUGACAACACGCCCUACGGCCGCUUCACAGAAGCCUUUGCUCAGCGGGCGUUUCCCCACAGCCCCUACGGACGCCCCACCAUUGGAUACCCGUCUGAUUUCGAUCGCUUAGGAAGGAAGGAGGUGGAGGCGUUCUUUCAGCAGCACUACACGCCUGACAAGCUCACAUGCGCGGUGGUGGGGGAUGUGUCAGCAGCAGAGGUGGAGCGGCUAGCAACCAAGUACUUUGCACCGUGGCAGCCCAUCACCUCUCCCUCAGAGCCCAUCCUAGCCCUCCCCUUCUCCCUCGCCUCCUCCUCCUCUCCUCUCCUCCUCGCCUCGGCUUUCCCACUCCCUCUCUCCUCCUCCCCUCCUCUCUCCUCCACCACUCCCUCUCUCAACCCCAUCUCCUCCUCCUCCUCUUCCGCCUCUCGUGCCUGGCGAUCAGGGAGCAGAGAAGAGGGGUGGGAGGCGGCGAGAAUGGCUGCUGCUGCUGUGGGGGAGGAGAGGGAGAUGAGAAUGAGCGUGGGUGCCAACCCGCUGUAUUUCGAGGGCUAUUUCCGCCCCUACUCAUCCUCGGUGGACGAUCCGGUCAUCUCUGUAAUCAGCUCUCUGCUCUAUGGCUCUCGCUCCUCCCGCCUCUACAAAAACCUAGUGCUGCCAGGCAAGGCCCUCUCAGCCAGUGCCACAGAGACCUACCCCGGAGAUAAGCGCCCCAGUCUCUUCCUGCUCUCCGCCUUCCCUCCUCUCGGCGGCACAACUGAUGCAGUGGCAGCAGCACUGCAGGAGCAGCUGCAGCACAUGGCGGACACGCGCGUGCCUGAAAGCGACCUGGCUCGGGUCCGCAAGUCCCUGCGGGUCGGCUUUCUUGAGCUCCUAGGCAGCAAUUCCGGUCUGGCGCGAGUGCUGUGUGAAUACUCUACCCGGGCGGGCAGAUGGGAGGCACUAGUGGAGGAGGUGCAGAGCAUUGAGGAGGUCACUCCCAGGGACGUGCAGCAGAGUGACCCUGGAAUUGUCAAGCUGGAUUGUUACCUUUUCCGCCUUUUGCACGUUUUCUCUCUCCCUAUGCACCUCUCCUCUCCUCCCAUGCAGUUCUUCUCUCUUCCCAAGCACCAUUCCGUAGGCGGGGGAUACCCAGUGGGCGGUAUCGUCCUAUUACUAGAAGACUCGCUCUCACCCCUCCACCUCAUUCUCCUCCGCUACUUCCUCUCUCAAGGCCUCUCCCACUCCCACCCACUCCUCCUCCUCUCACCCCUCCCCGAUCCCCAAGCCUUUCUCGCCACGCUUCCGGCGCCAGCCGAGGGAAAGGCAGGUUCGGGAGCGCUCGCAGGUCCGGUUGGCCGGGCAGGUCCGGGAGGGCUUUCCGAGCCUCAAGGCCUGGGUUGGUCGCAGGAGGAGAGAAGAGCAGGGGGUGUCGGAAGGGGAGAAAGUGUGGGGGAUGGGGGAGGAGGGGGUGAUGGGUUGAGAAUAGCAUGGCAGUAUAAGCACUUGGCUCCCCAGUUCACUGGAGUGGGAUCAGGAGGGGCAGCAGGUGCGUCUGUACCGUACUGCACCGAGUUUGACCUCCGCACACCACUGUCCCGGCCGUCGCUAAGGCAUGCGCAGCAGCUGUGCACGUGUGUGCCUCUCUGGGUUGAUGCUCUAACGGCAGGGACAGGAGGCAGCUGCACACAGCAAGAGCUGGCGCAGAAUGGGGACUCUGGAGCAACGUCAGGUUUCACCCAAGACUUGUUUGGCCGUGUGUCAGGGUUCCUGUCGUCCCUUGAUUCCAACGUUCCAGCAGAUGCUGCUUCCUCUGCACCUGGUGGGUCUACAGGAGCUGGCUUAAGGGGUGUGGGAGGAGGAGGAGGUGGGGGGAGCGGAGAGGCGGGAGGAAGGGUGGGUCGCAUUGGUGUUCAUUCUCUGGGAGCUCCUCCAUCAUUGCUGUUGUCAGGAGAUGAUGCGCUGGUACUUGCAUGGCUGCAGUGGUUGAAAGGCUGUGUUCGCACUUUGCCCGUUACAGUCCUUGUAACAAUUCCUAGAGAUGAAGGAGUUAUACCCCCACACGUGUUGCUGAGACUGCAGCAUGCAGCGGACUUGGUGUUGGCGAUGGAAGCUCUGGAAGAGGACAAUGCGGAGCUAGCCAGUGGCAUCUCGGACUACAAGGACGCCUUGGGUCUCAUUCGCAUUCGCAAAGUCUCCAUGCAGAACUCCCUGGUGCCUCGCAUGCCAGCUGUGACCACUCUGGUGCUGAGAGCAGUGAACAGGAAGCGACAGAUAGUGGUGGAGGAGGCACACCCACCCCCGAUCGAUGCCACUGGGGGAGCAGCAGGUUCAAGUGGCAGGGGAGGCUCGGUUGGAUGUGGUAGUUCAGGCGGGGGAAGCAAUGCUCUGGAUUUCUGA